AGGAAGUAAAACUACCCAUCACUUUUUCGUCUCUUAUAAUUUGUAGAAAACAUGAAUACUUGAGGUGCACCAACUAUGCGUCAUUCUGUGUAUUGGUGGAUACUUCUGUUUUGUCUUUGUCCAGUUGUAUCAGGUCUAGACAAAUCGUCAGUGCGCUUGGUGAACGGUUCAAACGACCAUGAAGGAAGAGUUGAAAUAUUGCAUGACGAUCAAUGGGGAUCAAUCUGUGAUGACGAAUUUAAUGAUACUGUGGCUCAGGUUGUCUGUCGCAGCUUAGGAUUCCAGAGUGUCAAUGCAAAAUUCUAUCGUCUAGCUCACUUCGGACAAAGCACAGGGCCGAUCUGGCUUGAUAAUGUUAACUGUACGGGCAGCGAACAAAACCUGGAUCAGUGUUCUUUCCCUGGCUGGGGAAUACACAACUGUGUACACAGAGAAGACGUCGGAGUCAGAUGUCAGUUAUCUGUACGGUUAGUGAACGGAUUAGGCAUUCCAAGCCAAGGCAGAGUUGAGAUUCAGAUCAACGGAACAUGGGGAACUGUAUGUGAUGAUGGAUUUGAUAGCAGGGAUGCUGCAGUCAUCUGCUUCAUGAUGGGAUUCAGACGAUACAGAGCUCGGGCUAUGACGAGAGCCGCUUUUGGACAAGGUUCUGGACCAAUCUUUUUUCAAAGUCUGUCUUGUAUGUCGUCUGAAUCAUCCAUCUUAGACUGUGGGGUCAAUCCUAGCAGUAACACGAACUGUCGCCACAAUGAAGACUCGGGUGUUAUCUGUCAAACAGGCGAUACAAACAAAACAACAACAAUUCGUUUGGUGAAUGGUCCAAGCGAGAAUGAAGGAAGAGUUGAAAUAUUCCAUAAUGGUCAAUGGGGUUCAAUCUGUGAUGAUUCAUUUGAUGACGACGAGGCUCAGGUUGUCUGUCGCAAUUUGGGCCUACAGAGUUAUGGUGCAAGGGCAUAUGGCAGUGCUCGAUAUGGACAAAGCACAGGACCGAUAUGGCUGGAUAGUGUUACGUGCAAUGGAGAUGAACAUCGUCUAGAUCAGUGCUCCUCCUUACCCUGGGGUAACAACGACUGUUCACAUAGCGAGGAUGUAAGCGUCAAGUGUCCACUAGGCCGACGUAUACGAUUAGUGAACGGAUCAGGAAUACGAACACAAGGCAGAGUUGAGAUUCAGAUCAACGGGACAUGGGGCACUGUCUGCGAUGAUGGAUUUGAUAGCAGGGAUGCUGGAGUUAUCUGCGCUAUGAUGGGGUUCAGUCGAUAUGAAGCUCGUGCUGUGCAUGGCGCUGGUUUCGGAAACGGUUCUGGACCCAUCUUCUUUGAGAACUUAGCUUGCAGAGGGAAUGAGUCGUCCAUCACACGCUGCCCAGUGAACCAUGUUGGGGACCACAUCUGUCACCACAAUCAAGAUGCAGGUGUCAUAUGUCAGAUACCUGUACGGUUAGUGAACGGAUCAGGCAUUUCAAGCCAAGGCAGAGUUGAAAUCCAGAUCAACGGAACAUGGGGAACUGUAUGUGAUGAUGGAUUUGAUAGCAAGGAUGCUGCAGUCAUCUGCUUCAUGAUGGGAUUCAGUCGAUAUGGAGCUCGAGCUAUAAGUGAAGCAGGCUUCGGAAAAGGUUCUGGGCCAAUCUUCUUUGAUCAAUUAGCUUGCAGAGGGAAUGAGUUACUCAUCACAGACUGCCCAGGGAACCCUGUUGGGGACCACGACUGUCAACACAGUGAAGACGCGGGUGCCAUAUGUCAGACGAGCGAUACAAACAAAACAACAACAAUUCGUUUGGUGAAUGGUCCAAGCGAGAAUGAAGGAAGAGUUGAAAUAUUCCAUAAUGGUCAAUGGGGUUCAAUCUGUGAUGAUUCAUUUGAUGACGAUGCGGCUCGGGUUGUCUGUCGCAAUUUGGGCCUACAGAGGUUUGUUGUUGAGAUUUUAAAGUGA